CAGCCUCCCAGUAGGGAGAAGGCCUUCAGGUGCUUGGAAUGUGGGAAGAGCUUCAGACUGAGCUCCGACCUGAUCCGACACCAGCAGAUCCACACUGGGGAACGUCCCUACACGUGUGGGGAAUGUGGGAAGAGCUUCAGUGACAGCUCCACUCUCCGCAAACACCGGAUGAUCCACACUGGGGAACGGCCCUACACGUGUGGAGAAUGCGGGAAGAGCUUUAAGCUUGGGUCCACCCUCCGCAUCCACCAACGCAUCCACACUGGAGAAUGGCCUUACAUCUGUCAUGAAUGCGGAAAGAGCUUCAGGCGGAGCUCCCACCUGAACCGGCACAAGCACAUCCACACUGGGGAACGACCCUACCUGUGUGGGCAAUGUGGGAAGAGCUUUAGCCGGAGCUCCCACCUGAUCCGGCACAAGUACAUCCACACUGGAGAACGGCCCUACAGGUGUGGGGAAUGUGGGAAGAGCUUCAGCCGGAGUUCCCACCUGAUCCGACACAAACGCAUCCACACCAGGGAACAGCCCGGGAAAGGG